AUGCCAUUUGGAAUAGCAUAUGAUGUAAUUUGCACUUUGUCACGUUGGUGUAUUUAUGGUUUCUAUAGAGAAAUUAUAACAAUUGGAUAUGAAAAUGUACCAAAAGAAGGUCCAGUUAUUGCUUGUUCUACACAUCAUAACAUGAUCGUCGAUCCAGCAGUAUUGGCAAACACAUUUCCUCAUAAGAGACGAUUACAUUUCUGGGCGAAAAAUUCAUUAUUUGGAAAUAAGUAUUUUAAUCUCGUUUUAGCUAGCGGUGGAGUUGUUCCUGUUGAUAGGACAACAAAGAACAAUAAAGCAUUAUUUUCUGCCACUUUUGAAGUUUUAAAACUCGGUGAAGUUGUCGCCUUGUUUCCGGAAGGAACAUCACAUUCACAAUCACGAUUGUUAGAAUUAAAGGAUGGUGCUUCUUGGGCUGCAUUGGAAUAUGCCGCUCUCGUAUCAGAUCUUGAGUCAAAGAGUGGGGACAUCAAAAAACAAUCGGAUAUUCCCGAGAUGGCUGCAAUCAUUCCUGUUGGACUUAUUUAUGUUCAAAAAUCAAAAUAUAGGAGUAGUGUUAUUGCUACAUACGGUUCACCUAUACAUGUUGAAUCAUAUCUUGAAGAUUUCAAAAAGGAUGGCCGGUCUACCGUCAAACGAUUGACUAAACAUAUUGAGGCUGAAAUGGAAAAAUUAACUAUAAAUGCGCAUGAUUGGGAAACUUCUAAUGCAGCAACAAUGGCUAGGCGGCUUUUAUUUUCAGUUGAUAAACGCGUACCACUUGAAGAUUAUGUAAAGAUAACACAAAGUUUGAUAAAUUUUUUCACAAAUUCGACCUCCGAGGAAAUAAUAUCUUUGAAAAACAAUUUAAAUCAAUACAAAACCUCAUUGGAUGAACUUCGAUUAUUCGACACGGAUAUUGCACGUUAUGAAAAUCGUAGUCUUACAAUUCCAUGGGCACUAUACACAUUCUCAUGUGAAUUUGUAAAAUUUGUUGCUCAAUUACCGUUUUUCUUACCAGGAUUAUGUUUUCAUUGGCCAAUAUAUGUAUUGGGUACAUUAUCAGCAAAAUAUGAAAAAUAUGAAGAAUCAAGAGCACAAAAUAAAAUAGCAUUAGGAUUGGUAUGGUUAAUGAUAGCUUAUACAGUAUUAUUCUUUGUUAUUUGGACAACAAUGUUUUUUACUCCUUUGGGAUUUUUGCUUGCUGCCAGUGCUGUAUUUAUUUUUGCUUGGUAUCAUAUCGCACUUGUUGAUAGUCAUUAUGAUGCAUUCAAGGAACUUGUAUCAUCUUUCAGAUUACUCGCAGCUUUAUGUGGUGGAAAAGGGAGUUUACCAAGAGAUCAAGUGGAAAAUUUAGUAGAGAAAAGAUAUUUGUGUCUUCGAAGUUUAAAGAAAAUUGGUGAAGAAUAUAGAAGUAAAAGUGAUGAUAUGAGAGUAGUAUUAGAACUUUGUGAAAGAGAACGUACUUAUGAAGGAAAGAAAUUAAGAUGA